AUGUCAGAUGCGGCUGUGGACACCAGCUCCGAGAUCACCACCAAGGACUUAAAGGGGAAGGAGGAGGUUGUGGAGGAAACAGAAAAUGGAAGAGAUGUACCCACUAAUGGGAACACUACCGAGGAAAACGGGGAUCAGGAGGCUGACAAUGAGGUAGCGGAGGACGAGGGAGAAGAUGGAGACGAAGAUGAGGAGGUCCACGCAGCUCUGGGCAAACGGGCAGCUGAAGAUGAGGAGGAGGAGGAUGCUGACACCAAGAAGCAGAAGACCGACGAGGAUGAAGACCACCGUGACUUACUCACCCUCUACUUGCUUUCUCAGCAUCUAAACGUGGUCACCUUCUGA